GCAGCAACCAGUGCUCCUGUUUGUGGCAAGCCUGUAACCAAAAAUGCAGGAUUUACACAAAUGGCUUUAUUUGUAAACAAACGGUGCAAAGAUAGCCAAUGGAAUGCUAAAACAGCAACUGGCCAUUGGGCUACUUAUAAAAAACUAUAUAUAGAAACUCGAAAGCUAGUUAAUAAAUCUGGGUGGGGAUUAACUGAAGAUGAUCAUGAAAAAGAUAUUACAACUAUAGAAGCUAAGUUGGAAGAAUUAUGCCCAUAUUAUAGCCGUAUUGAUACUAUUUAUGGUGAAAAGCAAAAUGUACAGCCUACUUUUCUUGAGAAUUUCAGAUUAAAUGAUGAAGAUAAUACAAGCAAAAUUUUAAAUGAUGAAGAUAAUGCAAGCAAAGCUUUAAACGAUAAAUAUAAAAAUCAUACUUAUGAUAUUAAUUUAGAAGAUGAAUCUGAUGAUAAUUUAUCAAAUAUUGCCGGUAAUAAUAAUUUAUAUGAUAACAACUUUAAUAAUAAUUAUGCUGAUAAUAAUGAUUUGUAUAAAGAUAAUUUUAAUAAUAAUGACGAAGAUUUAUUAGCUG